AUGGCCGCCACUCCGUUCGAUAACCCCUUCCCCAACCUUUCGCACAACCCCUUGUUCUUUGACAUAUAUACCGAUGGCGCCGUCGCCGUCCCGGCCCCCAUCCUUCCUGGCGGGCCGUGCGGCUUCGUCGACCUCACGCCCGGGGCCAACGGCGCCAGGUGCGGCUGCCGCCGCUUCUGGAGCAGGCCGCCGUCGGCCGCCCAGGUGAGGGCUUUCCCGGAAUCGGCCAGGCCGGACCAGGCCUACUGGUGCAUGUGCUCGCACCACGCGUGCUACCAUGAGGACUCCCAGGCGGCCCAGACGCCCGUCGUGGCCCCGGCCGCCGCCACCCCGUCCGCUGUCUUCGCCGCCGGCCAGGAGAACGAGAGGCCAAGGGGAGGCCGGGAGCCCCUGACCCCAGUCCAGGACCUGGUCCCCUUCCAGAUGCCCAGCACCGCGGCCGGCCUUGGCAUGUCGACGGAUCUGCCUGGAUUUGAACUUGGAGGCCCGUCGUUCACCACCGCCGCCAUGGAUUUCGCGCCCGGCGCGUUCGCCCCUGCUUCCGACGGCCAUGGUACCAACCAGCCUCCUAUAUCGGCUCACCACCAGGCCCCGCCGGCGUCCUUGCCGGAUACGCUGGCCUGGGGAAAUGCCCCUCAGUCCAACAAUGGCGCCCCGUCGGGCUUGCCGCCAAUACCAUCCCAGUGCCUCAUGUCUCAACCGUCAACCGCCCCAUCGAGCCAGUUGAGGUAUCUGAGGCCUUUUGCCGGGAAGGGCCUACAUACGUUAAAAGGAAAGGAACUCGCGGAACUCAGGGCCCCUGCGGGCGACGCCAAUCACUCGAAUGGCUCUUCCCCCGCCGACCCCGACGCCACCAUACCCAACACGCAGGCGUCGCCCCGGGAGCUUAUCCCCAUGCCCACCGCGCCAACACCAAAGGGAGCCUGGUCGCAGAGCUUUAGCCCCAGGCCUCCGCACUCCUCACCCGGGCUGGAAAACGAAGCGGUGCGGGACCUCAAGGAUGCCCUGUGCGGACAUGGGCAGCGCCUCGACAAGCUCGAGAACCCAUCCUUCUCGAUUGCGGGCCACGAGGACUGUGGCGACAGACACGACCAUACGGAUCUCAGGGUGACGGAGCUGGAAACCCGCGUGGAUGAGGUCGAGAAGCGCCUGAACGACGACAACAGCACCGUUGUCAGCAUGCGACGCGAGGACGGGAACGCGAGUGUCCUUUCAGAGUCCACGCCUGCCUUCUCCCACCGCCAACUCUACAGCCAGCUGCAGGAGCUCCAGGCACAAGUCAACAGGCUCCAGGCCUCGUCGCUCCCCACAUACAACUCGCCGUGGGAGCUCGAGGUCGUCAUCCUGCCCUUCUGCCUCAAGGGUGUUUGGAUGCCGGCGCGCGAGUUCCAAAGCCAGCGACCGUCGGGUGUUGCGCCCUGGGACGCCAACGGCGACGAGUGGACACAGAUGCCCAAUACCCUGAGCAGGCAGACGCCGGAUCCUACGUCGCCGUACAUGGUGGAUUGGCUAGACCAAUCGUCUUCAUCCACGUGGCUGCUGCCUCGCGCGUGUGCCCCUGGGCGCGUUAUCGAUAAUCGCCUCAGGAGCCGAGGGCUUAUCAAGACCCUAUCAGUCAAGGGCUCCGAUGCCCGCAGUGUCCAUCUCGCCGUGGUGGACGCUUUCAGCAAUGCGCUGCAGAUCCUCGCCACUGGCACCGCCACACACCCCUCGCCGCGGUUGGCCGGCGCCAAGCUGGACAGGUUCCUGGGCCUGAGCCAGCCAUGGGUGCCCCUACGGAAGCUGCACAAGGACUCGCGCCUGCGUUUCCUUUCGCCGGCCGAGAUGCUCACCCCAACACUCUGGGAUGUGGGCUUUCUGUCCUCCAGCGUCGUCAUGAAGGCGACGGGCAUGCACCGCCUGUACAUCACCCAGCCCGAGGCGUACCUGCAAGAUCAACAGAUGGGGAGGGAUGGCGCGUGGUCAUGGCAGCGGCUGAGGGAGCUCGGGCGCGUCUGCCCCGACUCCCAAAGCUCCUCGGCCAACACCGUGGACGCGUCUUUUGAGACCAGCGAGGAGUGUUGGCAGUGGCACGACAGACUAGAUGAGCCGCCAUCAGCACUCUCCCCGGAACUCAAUACUCAAGAUGGACAAGGCGCCGCGGUCGUUGUAAACAAGUCACGGUCAACAGCGGCCUCGUCGUCUCAGGCCUUCUUUACGGCAGAGUCACUGAAUGCUGCGCGCGGUAAAAGCCCGGCUCUUUCGAGAGACCAGCGGAAGGGAUCACGGCCCCCUCAUGUGCGAACGACGUCGGUGCCGGCCGGCGGGGUGCCGGUGGUCUCAUCGCCAGGUGCAGGCAGCCAGCCAAGAAAAGCCCGAGGAUUGUCUUAUACCAAUGCAUCCAAGUCCAGCCAGCAUGAGAGACGGCCGUCCCCGUUCGUCCCAGGCCCCAGUAGGCCCAGCCCGCGAUUGCAGAUGGCCUCGGCCAUGGUCUCGAAGCGUCGGCGCAGCGGCGGUGCGAGCGGCGCGGGGCGCUCGCCAAGCGUACGGCAACGAAACACGCCUCGGUGGAGCACUGUAAGCUUCAGCAGAAGCCCCAGCGUUAUGCCCCGCGAGAUGUCGGCCGCGCCCGAGGACCAGCGGAUGCGUGGGACAACGCCAUUUUGCUACGCGACUCCGCACAGCACCGUGCCUGCAAACCACCCGCGGGGUGGCGACUACGCUGGGAGGGCAGCUUCAGUUGGCCCGUCUGCACACCCUCACAAGGCUGGGCUCAGGCCCGCCGGCAUGCCAUACAAUGAUGACGAUGACGAUGACGACAUGGACUACAACAACUACGACGACGACCACGGCAGCGGAUCCGAGGACCUCGACAUGAUGAGCCACGGUUUCGAUUUCUUUGGUGACGAGAACGUCAACGUGUACGAAGACUUUUCCGGCGACGAGGAAGAGAACGACGAGAACGCCAGGGGUAAUGGUGAUGGCUCGAGCCGCCGACGCCGGUCGGGCGCCGCGCCCGAGUCGCAGGAGCAGCCCGAGGCCCAGCUGAACCCCGAGGACGAGCCGUGGCCAGGGAUCGAGGACAUCAUGUCGGACGGCGAGAACGUGGACCCGGCCAGGCUCUCCUCGGGCGACGAGGCCGCGGCCGUGGUCGAGCUGAACAACCUCGGCGAGGACGCCGCCAGCGACGUGAGCAGCCAGCCCUCCGAGUACCCCAGCACGCAGCGGGCCUGGCACAUGCAGGAGGCGGGCUUCGGCGGUGGCGGGCGCCGCAGCGACCCGGGGCCCGUCGGGCCCGUCGGGUUCACCAUACACGAGGACGACGACGCUAGCGGUGGGCCGAUGCGCUGGUGA